AUGUGCCACUUUCAGGUCUCCUUACACUGUUGGUGGGUUCCAUUUUGUCAUAGGGUGCUGGCAGAGUACGGGCCUCCCAUUGCUGCUGCCAGGCCCGUAAUCUGCCAUGGGCCCCCGUACCGCCUCCUCAUGCUGCUGCCAGGUCCAGAGUGUGUCAUGGGUCCCUGUACGGCCUCCCAUUGCUGCUGUCUCCAUCGCCACACUCUGCCAUGUGCCACUUUCAGGUCUCCUCACACUGCUGGUGGGUUCCAUUUUUGUUGUCAUAGGGUGCGUAUGGGCCUCCCAUUGCUGCUGCCUCCACCGCCACACUGUGGCUCCACACUCUGGUUUUGGCCCCGUGACUGCCCAAAUGAGUGAAGUGUGCGGUGAUUCUAAGAUCGACGGCACUCAUCUGCAUUGUCAUACUG